AUGGCGAAAGGAACUCGAGAAAGAGACAAUACACAUGAUGACCAGUUUUUACCUGAAGUUGACCUUAGUGGAUUAACAGAACGUCAACGUCAAGUGGUUACUAACAUGUUGAAGGAAGAAUGUCGCUCUUUUGCAAGAAAAGAUGAGGAUAUCGGUUAUAUCAAAGAUCUAGAACUAGAAAUAAAUUUGACAACAAACGAGCCUGUACAAAAGAACUAUGUAUCGGUACCAAGACCUCUCUACCCGGAAGUGAAACAGUAUAUUGAAGAUUUAUUAAAUAAUGAGUUUAUAAGAGAGUCAAAAUCAGCUUAUUCAUCCCCAGUAGUAUGUAUUCGCAAAAAGGAUGGAACUCUGCGACUUUGUGUCGAUUAUAGAGAACUUAACCGUAAGACAGUGCCAGAUAGGCAUCCUAUUCCGCGCGUCCAAGAAACUCUCGAUAGUUUAGGUGGUAACGCUUGGUUUAGUGUAUUGGAUCAGGAAGGCGUAUCAUCAAGGAUUUGUGAAACCAUCCUGCCGACCGUUAACAGCAUUUGUGACACCCUGGGGGUUAUAUGA